AUGACUGGUGGCCCUGCAGAGGCCCCUUCGGCCGAGGUCCCACCGAUGCCUAGUCUACCUGCAGAUGGAGAUAAGGAUGUAGUGAGGAUAGGCAUUAGGACGAGUAAUGGUGAGAGGAAGAAGGCUGUGUUGGGGAAGGGACAGCCGCUUGAGGAUCUCCUGGCACUGGUGGCGAACUGGGAGCAGGUCGCUCUGACGGCGUUUGAUCUGAAGGAGCUGCUGCCUCCACCGGGGCGCAGUGUGAAGGAUAUGCUCGGCAAGGAAGGGGCGACUGUUGGGAACUCGGACGUCAAUGGCUGCAUGCUCACGGUCGUUCUGGCUCAACCUAAUGAGACUGCUGACUGA